AUGCAACUUCAAAUACAAACGCACUUCGUGUGCUGUGCCCGGAGUGCAGAGUUUCCAGGAUUGAGGGCUCUGACCCUCCCCCAAGUCCUGGCUGGGGCCAAAGGCGGUGGAGGCGCCACCCGGGGGACGGGGGUGGGUCGUGGGCCCCGCCCCGCGCAGCCUUGUGCGCACAGCCGUGGUAGUUCCAAUGCCCGCGCGACCUCUGUGAGCGUUGCUACACCGAGGCGCGGGACAGGGUCCUUGCAUUCCGGAAAGGGCUCGGGCAGAAAAGAGAAGUCCAGUUCCGCUGCACCGGGCAGCACACAGCAGACAGAACACACACACGAUCCCGAGUUCUCACAGCCCAGGUGGGCAGGUGUGCGGGCCGGUGGGGGCGCAGGGAAACCCGGGGAGGUUCCCAGCCCUCCCACUCACCCCUGCCCGGCCAAUUCUAGCCCUUCAGAGUCGUUGAACUACAAAGCGAUUCCAAGCUACUCCGAGUUGUUCGCAGCCUCGGUGGGCAAUGUAGACUGGCUUCGGUUCUGCCUGAAUCGGGAGCGCAAGGAGAUCACAGUCGACGACAAGGGCUUCACAGCCAUCCACUUCGCAGCGCAGAGAAGCAAGCUUUCCUGCCUUCAGGUCUUGAUAGAAGAGUACAAGUUCCCUGUGGAUUUGCCCACCAACAAUGGCCAGACGCCCCUGCACCUAGUCAUCCAUAAAGACAACAAGUCGGACAUCCUCCCCUGCAUUGACUACCUGCUUAAGAAAGGGGCAGCCAUCAACUCUAAGACAUGCCAUGGCUCUACACCCUUGCACCUGGCUGCCCGUAAUGGCCUGCUGGGAUGUAUGAAGGUCCUGGUGCAGAAUGGAGCCAAUGUGCACGCCCAGGAUGCCAUGGGCUGCAAGCCCAUCGACUAUUGCAAACUCUGGAACCACCGCAGCUGUGCCCGGUUCUUGAAGGAUGCCAUGUGGAAACAGAACAAGAAGGACUUUGCCCGAGAAAUGGGGAAACUGAAGACCCUGAAGAGGAAGCUGGCCGUUUUGGAGCGCCGCUACCUGACCGAGUAUCAAAAAGAACAACAAAUUCUGAGACAGGCCCAUUUCAGAACAUGGCUCCAAGGCAAGCUGCUGGGCCGGCCCCAGAGCUCCGCUGAACCCAAACAAGAGGCUGGUGUCCAACCUUGGUCAUUGGCCCUCUCCAAGACUCUAAGAUCCCAGUUUAUCAAAAGCUUCCCGACUUAUCCUUCCGUGGAGGCUCAACUGCAAAGCUUGCCCUCACCUGUGGUGACACCCAAGCCCAUCUACAAGCAGCAGAGCACCAUCAGUCGGCCCAAGUUGUGGAAUCUUAGCAAUAACCCCGUCAGCUCCCCGGUCACCAAGAUUGACUGUCCUCAGGGUAUACGCCUGGGCGUGCACCCAGAACCCUGCAAGGAGCAUGACUUCGGCAGAUUUGUGGAGGUGACUCGGAAUUCCCUGGGAGGUGCAUGCCUGUACACAGUGGACAACCACUCAGUGACACCUGUACCCCGGCUGCCUUUUGAGGUGAUGGUCCGGGUGCUGUACCCCGGGGCUCAACCCUACAGGAUGAAAGUGCCCCAGGGCUUAUAUCCACUUGACAUCCUCAAAGUGCCCCAGAAACGGCAUUUGGGAGAUACCUGCAGCAAUGCAUUGGCUAUGAGCCUGCGUGAGACAUUUGAUGAACCCUUCCUGGCUACCCUGAAAGCUUGCCCGACUGGAGGGGCCCCACCCUCAAAGGGAGUUCUCACAUAAAGUUGUUUUGGAACCCUCCUGGCAAAGGCGGAAGUGUUGAUUCAUAUUGUGGCGGAAGGACUGGAGAAAUACCUAUGGCGUUCUCAUUCCCAAGCCCAAGGGCAGGAGCCGCCCUUACUCCCUCCUCCCAAGAGCACACAUCUGAGGCUUACCUUUUCUCUACAAAGAAAUUGCCUGGCUCCCUGGGAUGUACACAUCUGGACAGAGCAAUAAGAUUCAGUAGAGGGUCGAUAAUGUCCUGGGACAGAGUAAUGUAAAAGUAACCCUCUGGUCCUCACUGCUCUACCUUAACCUACCCCUACCUAGCACACAAGGGACAAGGCUUCCAGGACAGGGCCCCCCUAACAAUUCUGCCACCUUCCCUUCCUGUCUGCUGCAGACCCUGACUAGGGAUGAGGAACAGCGAAUGUGAUAUCCAGUACCAGGCUUCUCUGCCCAUGUGCCACUGCCCCCUUGCUCCUGGUCCCACUGAGGUGUGUGAAGCCACAGUUCCAGGAGGCAGGG